AUGCAGAGAAUUAGAAAAAAGAAUUGUAAUGGUUAUGAUGUUAGUGUUUUCGACGGUAGUGCAUCUGUUGAAAAUGAUGACUUUUUUGAUGAAGACAAUGGCCAUAAUGAGGAUGGUAAUGACAACAAUUCCGGUAAUAGAAAUAACAAUAGCAAUAGCAACAGCAAUAACAAUAACAACAACAAUAACAAUGGUGAUGACACAUCAGAGACAGUCAAUGCAUUAGAUUUCUUAUUAGAAGAUCAGCCAACUCAAACUCAAAGAUUUCAACCAACACAACCAACAUUAAAUAAUAAUAAUAAUAGUAAACAAACAUUAGAAGAAGAUGAAGAAGAAGAAAUAUAUAAUCCAAUUAAUAUAGUCAUUCAUAAUAAUAGUAAUAAUAGUAAUAAUAAUAAGAAAAGUAAAUUAGAUGAAUAUGAUUUACAAUAUGAAGAUUUUGAUAAUGAUGGUGGCGGUGGUGAUGAUUAUGAUUAUGAAGCUGAUGAUCAACAAGCCAAUAGUAAAGAGAAAAGAAAUAAGAAAACAGCCGCUAAAAGUAAAAGAUCAACGAGAAAAAAGAAAGAAAAGAAGAGUAAUCUGGAUUUUAUUGUUGGUGUAAUAGAUGAAAGCGCAAUCAAUAGUGUAUCUACAGAUACUGGUAAAAGAACAAGAAGAGCCACUGGUAGAAGCAUAAGAUUGGUUGACGAGGAUGAGGAUCAAAAGCAACAACAACAGUCAAUAGUAUCAAGAACAAGAUUACAAAGACAGAAAGAAGAGAAAGAGAAAGAGAAAGAAAAAGAAAAACAAAGAAAGAUUAAAGAGAAAGAGAAGAAGAAUAAGAAGAAUAGUAAUAACAAUAAUAAUGAGACAAAGAAAGUAACAUCUAGAAAGAAUGGUAGAUUGAUAUUGAAUGAAGACGAAGAAGAAUAUGAUGAUGAUAUGGUUUUAGAUUAUGAGGAGGAAGAAGAAGAAGACAAAGAAGAGAAUGAGGAAGAGCGAGUUGAAGAGCAAGAGAGCGAAGAUGAAUCAGAUUCAAUGGAUAUCAAGCAGAAUGAAACAAAGAAUAGUGAUGAUGAAGAACUAUCAAAUCUAUGGGUUGGUGGCAAAGUUGCAGAGAUCAAUGAUCUAUCUUACUAUCGUGGUAUCAAGUUGAAUGGAAUAGACUACUAUGUUGAUUUCACUAUUGAGGCAGACGAUCUCAUUGCUAAUCGAUAUGCAUCUGGACCAUCAAUGAUAUUCAAGCUAUCUGCUUUGUGGCAAUCGAACGACGAUCAAAUACCAUAUGCAGAGUUGACAGUCAUCAAUAGAUUCAUCAGUAGGAACAGCAACAACAACACUAGUCAAAGCAGUCAGAAUAACUUCAGAUCUAAACCAAGACCACCUGUUUCAAGGAGUAGAGAUAUAUCGUUGGAUCAGUGUGUAGUGCCAACCAAAGAAGUUAUCAUUAGAAAGAUAUCGAAUCUCGGUGGUGUUAGACACUGUACUGUCGAGCCAUUGUCAGUGUAUCGCACAAGAGAGUACUUCCCAAGGAAUGCAUACUAUUGUGACGAUUCCAACGAUAGGCUGUUGAGCUACAAGGGACCAAAGAGAAGAGCAUACGACUCGAUUACAUUGGUAUCACCACCUGCAUCACAAGUCAAUGCCUCUGGUAGUACCAGUCUAGAGUAUGACAUAUUCAUACCGAUCAAUAAUAAUAAGCAACUGAUAAAGAAACUGAACAGUAAUACCACAACUAGCCAGGAAGUUGAACAAGACUCGUCGGAUGAACUUAAUACUACUUGGGGUGGUGGAGGUGGUGAUGAUAGCUAUGAAGAUAGUGAUCCAUUUCCAACUAGUGAUGAAGAAAAUGAUAGAGAUAAUCAGUUGGAUAGUGAUUGUCAGGUUAAUAGUGAUGAUGACAAUGACAAUGAUAAUGAUCAGUUACUAUUAUUGGACAAUGGUGGUGGUCCAGCAAAGAAAGAGAGUAGAAAGAGACUGCGAAAGAUAAUGCCAGAGGAUAUUUAUGCAAAGGAAGAUUCACUGGAUUUGGGUGGAAUAGACAAGUCUAUAAAGUUGAAGGAUAGAGAUAGGAAGAGAGUCAAAAGCGCAAUGUCAGACCUUAAAGAUAGUAGAAAACAACGUGCAACUCAACAAAAGAAACAAAAGAAAGAACUUCUACAACAACAAAAACAACAACUACAGAUUAGUGAUAAAAUGGAUAGUGAUAUUAUUGUUCUAGAUGAAGAUGAUAACAACAAUGACAACUAUAGUAAUAGUAGUGGCAGCAGUCUACAUCUACCUUCACCAAUGCUAGCUUCCAACUUGAAUUUGGGUGAUAGUCACACAACUGAUGGUGUCAACAGCGGCAACAAAAAGAGUAAGAGUGGUAGUAAGAAGGUUAAGGUUACUAGUAAACCUACUUUGGAUUUCAGUGGUGGUAGCAGCGAGGAUGAAAGAAGAGGUGCCUAUCAGAAAGUGGAAUUGACCGAGGAAGAUAAAGAAGUGAUAAAGAAUUCAAAGUUGAAUUGGGAGUUGAGCGGUUUUGCUAACCCGCAGAAGAUGUCUGUCAGGAGAGCGACACUGCAGUUUGAAGGUCCGUCGUUAGCCACUCAAAUGAUGGACGAUGCAAUCAAACAGUUGGCACGUGAGCAACACGCAAACAGGAAGCAAACAAAGAUUCAUAGCUUUUUCAACAAGACCAACAAGUCGCCAUUACAGCAAGAGUUGGACGACCAUCAAGCUCAUCGUGCGUCACAACCUACACAUUUCAUUCGACAGAUCUUCGAUGUCGAUAACGAUACAUUCUUUAUACCAAAAGAUAAGAAAGAUAAGGAGAAAGAGAAAGAUAAAGAUAAACAACAAAAGAAUGUUUUCAGUGGUGGUAGUAGUAGUGGAAGUAGUGGAAGUAACAGUGGAAAAGUAGAGCAAGAUGAACCCUAUUUCAAAAAGGUGAAUGAAUUGACAUUCCUGUUGCCAAACGGGGAGGUUGCGCCAAAGUCACAAUCUACCAAUAUAUCGCCGACCAAGAAGAAGUUGUCUGGAGCCGGUGUUUUGCUGGGUGGAAGUCAGCGACGUGUGUCUAGUGGCUAUUUCGUUGAUAAUAUCGUUAGUGACGAUGAAGGUGAUGAUUACGAAUAUGACGAUUUUGUUGUCAACGAUGAAGAUGCGUCAGCCAGUGAGAAUGAACAAGAGGAAGAUGCUGAAGAGGAAGAAGAAGAAGAAGAGGAAUUCAAAUUAAAGACCAAUACCAAGAAUAAGAAUAAUAAGAAAAAUAGUGAAAGAAGAGGAAGUAGAUUGAUAAAGAAGAAGAAUAUAGAUAAAUCACCAAUUAAUUUUGAUGAAUUCGACAUUACAAGCAAGAGUAGUAAUAAUAAUAAAAAGUCAGGACCUGCAGAUAUCGAUCUACUAGAUAACGAAGAAGAAGACAGAGCAGCAAAUCAUCAAUCAACAUUCUUGGAUAGGUAUCUAAAUGAAACAGAUAGCCAGAUUUACCAAUCACAACAUCAGAAGGUCGAUGAACAACCAACCAACAACAUUGAUCUAUCAGAUUCAGACAAUAUACAAAAGAUUAAAUCUAUUAAUAAUUAUAAUUCAGAUGGAGAACAAGAGCAAGAUGAAGAGCAAGAUGAUGAUGAUGAAGAAGAAGAGGAAGAAGUAGAUAUCAAUUAUUAUAGAUCGUUAAAUAAGAAUUUGACACCAACAAAAAUCAAAGAACAAGUUAAACAUCAGUUCUCAAAGAAAUUUACAACCAAAGAAUCAUUCGAUAUCUUAUUGCAGUAUAUUGUUAGUUGUAUAUUAGAUAAAGACUUUAUUAACUCUGUAUUUGAUAGUGAUGAUAAUUAUUUCUUAGAUGCAAUUGAAAAGAUUGAAAUGACAGUGGUCGGUAGAAAAGAUACAUUGGUUCGAAGUAGUGUUUGGCAAACGGGUUUCUUUGACGACUUGCAGUACAGACCACAAUAUUCAUUGCUAUACAACGAUGAUAUCAAAGAUUCAACUGAAAUGAGAUGUCAAUCAUGUAAGCGUGCUACUCAUUCCGUUACCGCAGCCAUCGUUCUCUCUGGUAAAUCUUAUGAAGUCGGUGAUUUCUGGAAAGGCUAUUUCUGUAGACCCGAAAAGUUACAGAUAAACUUAACUGAACCAAAACAGAAAAUGUAUCAUCUUGGAUCUCAUUGUUUUAAGAAAACAUCGUUGUUCCACGAGCUGCAUCACUAUCCGUUUACUCUUUAUAAUACGAUCAAGAAACAAGUUAGAAAGUAUCAACAUAUCAAUCCAGACUCUUCAAUACCCGAUAUACUGGAUCAUUUCAUUUCUGAUGAUCAUUGGACUAAUAGUUUAUUCCUACAAUUAGAAUCACUUUUACAAUCAGCGGAUGAAUUAGGUUUAUUAAAAUGA